AGACUUCAUUUAUCGGGACAUGUAACUCAACGUCCUGUUACUGUUAAGUAUCGUUUCUGGGAGGGAACAUGCGGCCACUCUGUCUUCUUGCACUUGCGGUUUCGGCAUUACUUAUCGCCGACGCGCUAGCAUUACCUCGGCGCCCCCGGCCUCGGGUGCAUCGUAAUGAUGCCGUAUGGAGUCAGGGUUGCUUGACCGAGAAAUACUACACGCAGCGAUUGGACCACUUUCAUUGGGUGCGCGACGCUGCUGAACAGCCAACAUUCGCGCAGCGAUAUUUCGUGUGUGAAAAGUAUUGGUCCAAUGGGCCGGGCGGCGUCCGCGGCCCCAUCUUCUUCUACGCGGGCAACGAGGCGAAUGUGGAGCUGUACGUCAAUGUUACGGGGCUCAUCUGGGAGAAUGCACAGGCAUUCGGCGCACUGAUCAUUUUUGUUGAGCAUCGGUACUACGGCAAGACGCAGCCCUUCGGCCCCGACAGCUGGCAGGUGGACCCCUCCUACCUUACGGUGGAGCAGGCGCUGGCGGACUACGCCGCCCUGCUGUGGCACCUCAAGGCCGACAGCCCCGCCGGCGGCGCCGCGGACUCGCCCGUCAUUGCCUUCGGGGGCUCGUACGGCGGAAUGUUGUCGGCUUGGAUGCGUGUGAAAUACCCGCACAUCAUCGCUGGCGCGGUGGCGGCGUCGGCGCCAGUGGCGGCGUUCCCCGGCGUGCCGGGGUGGCGGCCGCAGCGGUUCUGGGAGCUCGUCACCUACGACGCCACGCCCGCCGCCGGCUCCGCGCCCGAGUGUGUGACCAACGUGCGUCUGGCGUUUGGCAACCUGCGGCAGCUGUCGCGCUUCGCGGAGGGCCGGGCGGCGCUGAGCCAGCUGCUGCGGCUGUGCAAGCCGCUGGCGGAUGAGGGGGAGGCGCUGGAUGCCGCGUACUGGCUGCAGGGCGCCUUCGACGCCUUCGCCAUGGGCAACUACCCCUUCCCCUCCUCCUACAUCUCCGACAACCCCGACCGCCCGCUGCCCGCCUGGCCCAUGCGCGCCGCCUGCACGCACAUGGUGGUGGGCAGGUCCACAAAGCCCUCCACCCUGAUAGAGGCCCUUCGCGACGCCGCCGCGGUGUUGUACAACGUGACCGGCGACGUGCAGUGCUUCGACCUGCAGACGUCGGGGCCGGCGGCCGGCAACCAGGGCCCCUGGGACUACCAGUGGUGCACCGAGCUGAUGGGCCAGGAGUUGCCGUACUAUCCAACCACAGGCGUCACGGACAUGUUCUGGGACCAGGGCCCCUUCAACCUGAGUGUGAUUGAGGCCCACUGCCGCGAGGCCUGGGGCGUCACACCCCGACCCGACUGGGGCGCCAUCGCGUACGGCGGUCUGGACUACCGCUACGCCUCCAACAUCGUGUUCAGCAACGGCGGCUACGACCCCUGGAGCGCCUUCGGUGUGCUCAGCAACGUGAGCGACAGCGUGGUGGCCAUCAGCAUACCCGAGGGCGCCCACCACCUGGACCUCAUGUACUCCACCCCCUCCGACCCGCCCUCCGUGGUGGCGGCGCGGCGGCAGGAGAUGGCGCUGGUGCGGACCUGGAUCCAGCAGCACCAGGCCGCACGCCUCCACACCAGCAGCAGCAGAGGCAGCAGCAGCAGUAGCAGCACCGGCGCCGGUGGCGGCGUUAGUGGCGGCGGCAGCGUGCUCAGCAGCAGCGGUGGCGGCAGCAGCGGCACUGGCGCUGACAGCAGUUGACGGUCCGUUGUUGUGUCGUUGACCAGCGCCAGCCCCAUUCCCAACCACCCGAAUCAACCUCUGGGGCAGGCGGAGAUUCAUGGGUUGAAUUCCGGGUGUCGGGGCGUGCGAGGCUGCAUCAAGCAUGGGCUACAGAGCAGGGCUUGCAGCUUUGGGGAGCCGGGUGGGCCCGGUGGGGCUUGAGGCCCCCAGAACGCUGAGAAUGAGGCAUGUUUAGGCCCUUGCAAUUUGAUACCAAGGGCAAGAACGCGGGGUGGGCCCUUCUCGCCAGCGGCGGCGGGCCGGUAAGCCCUGCUAUCAAGCACAAGGAAGCACGCAGGGCCGCGUUGUGUAUGCAACAUUUAUAACUCUGUUGUUGUUGUUGUUGUUGUUGUUGUUGUUGUUGUUGUUGUUGUUGUUGUUGUUGUUGUUGUUGUUGUUGUUGUUGAUAACUGACCUGUGCUGCGCUAGAUUCCCGUGUAUGCCUUUGCACAACGCCACACUUGAGGCACUGCCCUAUAGACUAGGACUCAUGCCACUGGCACGGACGCGUAAGAGCAGUGAAGCGUCUGCCGAAGGGGGUGCGGCUUAUGCGUGCAGUGUGCUGGGAAACGGUUUGCACAGCUUGCAAGCGAGUACCAUGGUCACCAGUGUAAGGCUGGGAUGAUGUCCUCAGUCCAGCUUCGGCCGGCGUGACACUGUUGCGGGGCUUCUACGGGUUAACUGCCUGGACUGCUGGAUUUCACUGCCGGCUGUGCGCCCUUCCGCGCAAAUCUUCUAAUGCAUGGAUACCCACCGACA